AUGAAGAGCGCUGAGCUCUGGUCCCGAAAUGCAACAUCGGGAGCGGAUCCGACAGGGAUUGUUGACAAGGGCGGCUGCAUGACCAGGCAUAUUUUCGUUUGUUUGAGAGCGGUUGCCCGACAGAACGCCAUCGACCAGGUGGCAUGGGGACAAGUAGGCCUUCCCUUGCUUCUCAUCUUCUCGCCUAUGCUCCGCUGCCAAAUCGAGGCCACAUAUGACGCCUUUGCGCCGCGUUGUGUAGCAGCCAUUGGACAGGGCACUCAGCUUAGACCGCAUCAAGCAGCCAUCUACCUACCGAGAUCUCGCUGCCGCUGCAGCUCAUCGAAGAAGAUCAAUACAGCGCUGCGCUGUAGGAUCCGGGGGACCGGUUCACGUAACGUCUUUCACCCCCUUGACCCUGGCAUGCCCAGAUAUCGCUCCUUACCCCAGCCACCGCCCGAGUUUGGCUUGUCCUGGCCCGACCAGUUACUUGAUAAACAAUGUGUCUUACCCCUUGGGUCCGGUGCUCUGGCCUUGAUCUUCCUUCCCCCACUUGUGAUCACCAACAUUCCUCGGAUGGCGACCACAACGGCCAUGUUUGCCCCGCAUCAGUCUUCUCCCCUGGCAAGGACAACAUCACCGUUCAGAGACCCUCGACCACCGCCAUGUACGCCGGCAAAAACGGCCAAACUGUGGGAUGAAUACGAGAAACGGGCAGUGGAGAAUGCGAAAAAAAGGGACAGGUCUUCCAAGGAAUCGCAGUCGCAACGUUCUUUGGCAUCCGAGAGUGGGGGACUCGACACGAAGGUGACGCUCCCAACAACAGCUAGAUCGAGCUUCGACUUCAAGUUUAGGAGGGGGCACGUCGCAACACCAUCAACCACAGUCUCGACCUGUAAGACCUGUAGGCAGGCUAUCACAUACGCCUCUGGUAUAUGUGAGCGUUGCCAGCGGACCAUCAUCAUCGCGUCGCCAAGCGGCGAAAUAACACCCCCCACCAGCCCAACUGCUUGUACAUUCUCAUCAACAGAUGAACAUCAGUCUCGCAAGCCGUCAAUGGAAGGAAUCAUCAUGCUUGCACCCAUCUCACCACCUCAAAAAUCUUUCUGCCGCCUCCCUCCACAGGGCGUCGAUCCACCUAUCCGACUUGACUCCCUACGACCACCGCCCCCAGCAAGUGGCAUAGCGGACCCAGCCCGAUCUCGAAAAGUCUCCUUGACAGAUCCUAACGAGCCCUUUCUCCGCCUACAAGUUACAGGGCAACAGACAUAUCAGCCUCGCACACAUUCUCAGUCCCACCCAACAUCACCAACAUUCGUACCCACUACCCCACCUUCAACCUCGCACUCGCGUUCCUCGACAAGGCCGUCUAGCCUUGCCAACAUUGCAUCGCUCCCCACAUCAGCUUACUCAUACACCCGCAACAACAGUGUCACAGCCUCUGAACUCAGCACGCUUUUCCCAUACACCUCAGCCAACACAACAUCACCACCCAGUCUGUGUCGGUCCAGCUACGCCUUGCAAAACACAACUUCUGCAUGGGAUGACUGGGACAGUGACUCUGAAGGCGAAAAAGUACGGUUAGUAGGGUGGAUAGGUCGGAGGAAAGCAAAGGGGAAAAGCAGCGACAAGGAAAGCAAAGGUAGCAUGGAUUCUUUCGGCAGUGAUGGCGACCUAUUCUACCGAGACAAAAAGUCAAGAGAAAGCAAGGAAGAGGAUAAGUUAGAAAGAGCUCGGCUCGAAGCAGCAGAAAAUGCGCGUGCGAGUAGGCUAUUGCGGGAUAGUCAGACGCGCGAGCAAAGUGUGAAGAAGAAGAGAAGACCGAGUGGUUUUGUGAGGGCACUUAGUUGUGGGUGCCGUGAGGCAUGA